AUGACUGUGCAUAGGAUACCACGACAGAAGACGUGUGCCGUUGUUGGUAACAGUGGAAUUCUUCUAAACAGCAGUUGUGGUGACGAGAUCAACUCCAAUGACUUUGUCAUACGGUGUAACAUUCCAGAAAUUGAAGGAUUCAGUCGUGACGUUGGCAACAAGACAAAUGUAACCAACAUUAAUCUAACCAGAGUUAAAGACAUUCAUAAAGCAAUGGAAUUCAAAAAAGCUCCAACAGCAGGAAUGCUCACCAUUGGUGUCGCUGUAUGUCUCUGUGAUAAAGUCAGUGUAUAUGGAUUCUAUCCAUUUCCAGCUGGACCCGAUGGCAGAUUUGUUCCCUAUCACUAUUUUGGAGAGUUUACAAAUAUUACAGCCGGGUCUUUCAAAACACGAUAUGGUUUCCAUCAAGAAUACUUGAUAUUGCAGAAGUGGCACCAGGAGGGACUUAUUAAUUUUGUAUUUGGUUCAUGCAUAACAUGA